AUGGAAAUCGCAGUGAAGAAAAUCGCGGAGAAAGAUUACCAAGGGGCAAAGAAAUCCCUUAGCAAGGCUAAGAUUUUCGAUCCAAAACUCAAAGGCUUGAAACAAGUUUUCGUGAUGAUCAAUGUUUAUAUUUCUGCAUCAAACAAAAAAAGGAGGAGAAUCCGAUUGGUAUGGAAUCCUCGGUGUAGAUCCUUUAGGGAACGAAGGCAGAAUGAGGAAACAUUACAAGAAAUUAGCUUUUUUGCUUCAUCCGGACUAGAACAAGUUUAA